AUGUCUGCGCCGAUAUCACUACGCUCGCGGAUCCGCGGGUCCUUUCUCGGCAUGGCAGUCUGCGAUGCGCUCGGCGGGCCCGUCGAAUUCAAGCCACGGGACACCUUCUCCAAAGUCACUUCGAUGUUGCCGAAUGCCAACUUUGGGAUACCCGCAGGAUGCUUUACGGACGACACAUCGAUGGCUCUGUGUCUGGCUCGGUCGCUCCUGGACCGCAGUGGCCGGCACGACACCGCGGACCAGGUCAAGAAGUAUAUCGCAUGGUGGAGAAAGGGAUACAUGUCUUCGACAGGCGAGUGUUUCGACAUAGGCAAUCUUACUCGCGAUGCCCUGUCUGUGUGGUCAGAGUAUCUCGCAAAGCAGGGCCAGCGACGCAACCCGGACGACAACGCCCAGCAGGCAGCGGCGCGGGAGGCUCAAGCGGACGUCGUUGCCAGGUACUCGGGCGAGAGGUUCUGCGGCAAUGGGAGCUUGAUGCGUGUUCUACCCGUGGCACUCGUCUCGGAGGACCACGACAUGGCUAUCGAGCUCGCCAGACAGAGUUCGCUUCCAACACAUCCUCACACAAGAUGUCAACACGCCUGCAUGAUUUACGUGUCCGUGGUCGUCCAAGCUCUCCAGGGGUGCUCGAAGAGCACAAUGGCGAGCACACUGGGCUGUUCAAUCAGCAGUACUCGUAGUCCGCACCACCGAGGCCGUGUGGCCGGAGAAUACGUGGAGGCUGUGCUGAAGCAGCGUCUCGGGCGAUAUCAGACCGUUGAAGACUGGCGCUCGACUCCGCCAGACUCGAUACGAAGCACAGGCUACGUGGUGGACAGUCUCGAGGCUGCCCUGUGGGCCUUCUUCUCGACCGACAGUUUCGAACAAGGGGCAACACGAGCAGUCAAUCUUGGAGACGACGCAGAUACCAUCGGGGCAAUAUACGGUGGUCUCGCUGGGGCCUUUUAUUCCGUUGACGGAGUGCCGGAGCGUUGGAUCGCAGACAUGAAGAACAUAGAUCUCAUGGAGGACGUGGUCGAGGAUAUCAUCGAAUACAGAUGUGCUGUGAAGGGGUGA